AUGGUAAAAAGUAUGAUGGAAGAACAUCAAAAGUCUCUGGAUUUCCUCUCCAAUCAGGUGAGUGAACUAACCAAUAAGGUUCUUCUUUUGAAUGCAGAAGUCUUGAAAAAAAAAAACACAGACCCCUUCAUUCACAGACCUUUUCAAACACAUGGCUUUGAUUGCAGUGAUAUUAAGAACAAUUUUGGAACCAUUUCGAAAGCACCAAGUGGAAUAUACAUAAUACAGCCUGAAGGAACGCAAUUUUCAUUUGAGGCAUUUUGUGACAUGGAUUACAGAGGAGGAGGAUGGACCGUCCUUCAAAAGAGAAUUGAUGGCACAAUUGAUUUCCAGAGAACUUGGCUUGACUACAUGGAAGGAUUUGGAGAACUUUCAGGGGAAUUUUGGCUGGGUCUGAGGAAAACCUUCUGCAUUCUGAAUCAGAAAAACACAAGUUUCAUGCUGAAUAUUGCCCUGGAGGCUGAAGAUGGGUCACAGGCGUAUGCAACCUAUGAUAACUUCUGGAUUGAAGAUGAGAAGACCUCCUUCAUAAUGCAUGUUGGGCGCUACUUUGGAACUGCAGGUGAUGCCAUCCGUGGGUACAAGAAAGAAGACAACCAGAAUGCAAUGCCCUUCAGCACCUACGAUAUUGACAAUGAUAACUGUUAUCCUUCAUGCUUCUUCAAUGGCACCAAAGUGAACAGCUGUAGUCAGCACAACAACAAGAGUGGCUGGUGGUUCAGCCAGUGCGGUUUAGCCAAUCUGAACGGGGUCCACCGUGUGACCAGAGGUAUAGACAUAGCAGGCAUACAAUGGGACACAUGGAAGGAAAACAAUUCCAUUAUCAAGAUAAAGUCUGCUUCCAUGAAAAUCAAGAGAACUCAUUAUCCAUUUUAUAAAUGA